UCAUUCCAAGUUCCAACAUCACAACAAGGACCACCCUAAACAUUUCACAAAAAACACAACAAAAGAUGGUUGCUAUGAUGAAUCAUUCAUUAUUCAUAUUCAUCACUUUGCAACUUUUACUAAUAAUAACUUUCCCUUAUAACACUUCAGGUCAAUCCCCUGCAUCUUCCCCUGCUGCCCCAGUUGCCAUAUCUGCCCCAGCACCAUCACCAUCAUCACCCCCAACAGACAUCAUUAGAAUCCUCAAAAAAGCAGGAGGUUUCACAACCUUGAUCCGUCUUCUUCAGACCACCCAAGUGUCCACACAGAUCAACUCACAGCUCCUAAACUCCAACGGCGGCAUAACGCUAUUCGCGCCCAAUGAUAAUGCCUUCCAAGGCCUCAAACCAGGAUUCCUCAACUCCCUCAAUGAUCAACAGAAGAAUGAACUCAUCCAGUUCCACAUGUUACCCUCUUUUGUAUCAGUCUCGAAUUUCGACACGUUAAGCAAUCCAGUUAGGACUCAAGCCGGUGCAGACCCUGAUAGGUUGGCAUUGAAUGUAACAAGCACAGGGAACCAAGUGAACAUGACAACAGGGAUUGUAAAUGCAACAGUUGGAGGAACAGUGUACACUGAUCGCCAGCUAGCGGUUUAUCAAGUGGACAAGGUGCUUCUUCCUAGGGACUUCUUCGAGGCGAAGCCGCCGGCGCCAGCUCCGGCGCCUUUGAAGGCUAAGGGAUCAAAGAAGAAGUCUGCUGAAGGGCCUGCAGAUGGAGCUGCAGAUGAUGAUAAGUCUUCUGCUGUGAUGAUCAUGAAUAAUGGGGUUUGGGGGGUUGGUAUUUCCAUUAUUGCAGUUGUAGCAUUUGCAUUGUGACAAUCACAAUUUGUUUGAAGAUCAGAAGAUGAAGAUAACAAAAAUUGAGAUCAGUGGAUUCAUUAUUGAAGGGGGAGAAUCAUCAUCAACAUUUUGCAGAAUUAAUAUAAAAAUAUAUUGAACUAUUUUCAAGUGCUUCUUGCUACUGUCUACAUUUUUUUUUAUGAAACAGUUUGUGGUGAAAAUUUAAUUCGAUUUUGUUAUUCUUACUCCUCCUUGUUCCCCUCAUAAGAGAUAAGUUCAUAUCUUGUGUAUUAUAUAUGAGAAUUUUUCCAUUAAAGAACUUUGAAUAGAGAAUUA